AUGAUCAACGUCACGAACGUGUCGGUGCUCAACAACCCUUCCAGGUUCUUCUCCGACUUCCAGGCGCGCCCUCGCCACCCACGCCGCGCGCCCGCUGCGCGUUUCCCGGCUGACGCCGCUGCGCGAGCGUGCGCACCGCAGUUUGAGGUGAGCUUCGAGUGCCUCGCGCCGCUGAGUGAGGACAUCGAGUGGAAGCUCAUCUACGUCGGGUCUGCCGAGAGCGACGAGCACGACCAGGAGCUUGACUCCAUUCUGGUCGGCCCGAUGCAGGCGCGGCCACGGUCGCUUGUCCCACAGGCCGACCCUCCCGAUCCGCUCAAGAUCCCGUCGCAUGAUUUGCUCGGCGUGACGGACAAUUUUUUUUUUGUCUGUCGGGCCCCGGGGGUUCUUUUUAGGAGGGCAGGCUACUACGUCAACAACGAGUACGACGCGCCCGAGCUCAACGAGAGCCCGCCCGAGCCGCCGCUGCACGACCGGCUGGUCCGAACCAUCCUCGCGGAAAAACCGCGAGUCACGCGCUACCAGAUCGACUGGCAGAUGCCGCCGUCGCUGCCGCCCUCGCUGCCGAACGAGAACGUGCCGCCGUCGCUGCCCCAGCCGGCGGAGUGUGGCGUCUCGUCUGGCGAGAUGAUGCAGCAGGUCGAGAAUAUGCAGCCGCAGCCCGAGCCGAUGACGCACUGA